AUGCAGCAAGCACGAGUUGUACAAAAAAAUAUUCAAUUUCGUGGUGACAUUCAAAUUAGAGAAAUUCCAAGAAAUGAAUCUGAACCACACAUGUUAAGUAGUCUUAGUGAUGGACAAUCAUCAUGGGAUCCAAAUUUAACUGAUACAGAGGCAUUCAAUACACCAACAACACAAUCAACACAACCCAAAUAUGUUGUUAUUGUUAUUGUAGUUGUUGGUAUUGUUCUUGUUUGUGCUAUCAUUGGAACUGUAAUCGGCGUAGUACUUGGUCAAAAAACAAAGACUGUUGCUGAUAAUUCGCUGGCAUAUAAUGAAGUAUGUACAGUUGAUUCAAAUCAGUGUAUUUCUUCACAAGGUCUUUCUUGUUCAAAUGGAUUUUGUUCUUGUUCAUCACCAUAUUCAUGGAAUACGGCAACGACAUCGUGUACCUAUUUAACUUAUAAUCAAUCAUGUACAACAUCCAAUCAAUGUGAUUCAUCAGUUGGCCUUAUUUGUACGAGUACUUGUACAUGUAACAAUUCAAAAGUGUGGAAUAUAUCAACUUGCGUCUGUCCAGCUGGAACAUUUUUGAAUUCUUCUAAUCUUUGUCAAACUGCAUAUACUGUUAAUCAGUCAUGUACAAUAGGUUCAUAUCAAUGUGAUUCAACAAAAGAUCUUGUUUGUAAUAAUAGUCGAUGUCAAUGUGAUUAUUCAACAAAAUAUUGGAAUAUCAAUUUUCAAGCAUGUAAACAACGUCUUAAUUAUAGUGAUAUGUGUGUAUCUGAUAGUGAUUGUUUACCAACAUUGAUUUGUCCGACAGUGCCAGGUGUAUGUAAUUGUUCUCGAUAUUUACCUGAUUUAGUUUGUAACUGUAACAAUACAAAAUAUUAUGAUCCAACAACAUUACAAUGCGUAAAUCGAUCAUCAUUUGGUGGUUCAUGUUUAGUAUCAGCUAAUUAUACAUGUCUUAUAACACUUUAUUGUAAUGGGGGUACAUGUGCUUGUCCAACUGGCACUAGUUGGAUAGCUGCAAAUACGGCUUGUGUUACUUCUGGAUAA